AUGUCGGCUUCAGGAUCCGGAGCAUCCAACAAUGAUGCAGGAGCGUCAAGCUCGGUGAAGAAGGCAUUCCCCCAGGUUGACCUCCAGGGCAAUGACCUACCCCCAUCCCCAGCUCCGUCCAGCCCACACACCGGUCGCCGGUAUAAUAUUGCCACUGAAUUGGUCUAUACCGAUAGCAAUGACCAGUACAAUGCUAGCAGUGUGCCAAUUUACCAGAGUGCUACAUUCAAACAAUCAUCCGGCAGCGGGGGUGGUGAAUAUGACUACACUCGCUCUGGUAACCCUACUCGCACCCACCUCGAGCGACACCUAGCCAAGAUCAUGUCCGCCCAGCGUGCUCUCGUUGUUUCAUCUGGUAUGGCAGCCUUGGACGUCAUCACUCGUCUCUUGCGACCAGGCGAUGAAGUUGUCACUGGUGAUGAUUUGUAUGGUGGUUCACACCGCCUGUUGAAGUACCUCUCAACCAAUGGAGGCAUUGUCGUGCACCACGUCGACACCACACAGCCAGAGAAGGUCAUGGAGGUUCUGAGUGAGAAGACCGCUAUGGUCCUCCUCGAGACCCCCACCAACCCCUUGAUUAAGAUUGUCGAUAUCCCCAAGAUCGCUACCGCUGCCCACGAGGCCAACCCCAACUGCUUGGUGUCUGUGGAUAACACUAUGAUGUCGCCCUUGCUACUGAACCCUCUUGAGCUGGGCGCUGAUAUUGUCUACGAGAGUGGUACCAAGUACCUGUCUGGUCACCAUGACCUGAUGGCCGGUGUUCUUGCCGUGAAUGACCUGGCUUUGGGUGAGCGAUUGUACUUCCCUAUCAACGCAUCAGGAUGUGGUCUGUCACCCUUUGACUCAUGGCUGUUGAUGCGUGGUGUUAAGACUCUGAAGGUCCGUAUGGACCAGCAGCAGAGCAACGCUCAGCGUAUCGCUGAGUUCUUGGAGUCGCAUGGAUUCAAGGUGCGAUACCCAGGUCUGCGCUCGCACCCCCAGUAUGAGCUCCACAACUCGAUGGCACGCGGUGCAGGCGCCGUGCUCUCCUUUGAGACUGGAGACGUUGAUGUUAGUGAGCGCAUUGUUGAGAGCGCAAAGAUCUGGGCUAUCAGUGUUAGUUUCGGCUGUGUCAACUCUCUGAUUAGUAUGCCUUGCCGGAUGAGCCAUGCUAGUAUUGACGCUAAGACACGGGCGGAGCGCGCCAUGCCUGAGGAUCUGAUUCGAUUGUGUGUUGGAAUUGAAGAUGUUGAUGAUCUCAUCGAUGAUCUGCGCCGUGCGCUCGUCCAAUCCGGGGCCGUGAAUAUGAAUCUGGAUGGAUUUACUGCGAACACUGCAUCUGAGUAG